CAUUGUAUUUAGUUACAAUGUGGUGACGUCACAGCAGCGUUUAUAAACUUUACCAAAACAGUUUUUUUUUCUCUUUGAGAUUGUAUUUUCUUUAAUAUAUCCAGACUUGAACUGUUUUUAUAAAUAUUUGAAGUUUUUCCAACUAUAUUGAGGUCCAGUUACGCAGUUUGUAUGUUUUUUUUCUAAAUAAAGUUUCAUCACGUGACCCGGAAGUAAACAGCGCGAGGCGCUAGCAGCGUUAGCUUGUGCUGAGAGGGCGGCGGUGUUUCGUUGGGACGUUCGUGAGGUUUCUACAGAGAUGUAGCGAUACGUGGUUCGGUUCCGAACAAUCCUCUUUAGCUAAAGUGUCGUAAAUGAGUGAAUGCGUGUUGAACGUAAAGACAACGUGGCUGUGAUUGUGAGACUAGCAGAUGAUCGGAGCUGCUGCUGUUCAGAGGACUUUGGUGUUUGUUGGAGCUGAAGAUCUUCUGCAGCUGCAGGAACCAUGUCUUCAGAACCUCAGGAAGAUUCUGACAGAGAACAACUUUCUGCUGCUGAAGGAACCAUCGUCCAGAACGAGGAGGAGCUCUGUGGUCAGAGCGGACAGGAUACCACCUGGAGACCGCAGCUUCAGCUCCACGUUGUAGUCCUCCCCCAACAUUUUGUGACUGAAGAUCUCUCCAAUCAGCAGGGGAACUUUAAAGUGGAACAGGAGGCUCUAGAACCUUUACAGAUUAAAGAGGAACAAGCGGAACGACUUCCACAGACUGAAGACGAACUAGAGAAGACAGAAUUUCCACAGAUUAAAGAGGAGCAGGAGCAAGAAGAACCUCCACGGUUUAAAGAGGCGCAAGAAGGGUUCUGUCUCGGACAUUAUGAGGAGCAGCUUGAUCCGAAGCAGGAGACCUUGAUGGAAACUGAGAAAAAUGAGAACAGUGAUGCAGAACUAAGUGAUCAGGAAAGCUUAAAUGUAACUGAUAGUGAGGAUGAAUCAACAUCAACUGCAGAUGAAGAGACAGACCCACAGAACAUAGAUCAGAUGAAGAGUAGAGACAGCAGUCCUGUCCAAAAUGUGGACAGCUCUCACCUGUCAGACGGUCAAUGUGAUUCUGAUGUUAGAAAAAACAUAAAGAAAACAACUUUGGUUAAAAAACUUAAAAAAUCUCCAAAAAAGCAAAAACUUUCCUCUGUAAUUUCUGGUGAAAGCUCAAGAGAUGUUAGUAAUCUCUUUGUCUACAUGAAAACCAAGUCGGAUGACACGCUUUAUAUCUGUACGGAAUGCGGUAAAAGUUUUGGUCACUGGUCUCAGUUCCGAAUUCACUUAAGUACUCACACAGGAGAGAAGCCUUUUCCUUGCAAAGAAUGUGAUGCAAGUUUUAAUGAUUUGUAUGAUCUCAAAAGACACAUGAGAACUCAUACAGGUGAGAAGCCCUAUACUUGUAAAGAAUGUGCUAAAAGUUUUAGUCAAAUAUCUAGUCUCAAAUCACACAUGAGGACUCAUACAGGAGAAAAGCCUUUUUCUUGUCAAGAAUGUGAUUCAAGUUUUAGUCGUUUAUCUAAUCUCAAAACACACAUGAGAACUCACACAGGAGAAAAGCCUUUUUCCUGUCAAGAAUGUGAUAAAAAAUGUAGUACUAAAGGUAAUCUCAAAUCCCACAUGAGAAGUCAUACAGGAGAGAAGCCCUUUAGCUGUAAAGAAUGUGGCAAAGCUUUUAGUGAUAUCUCUCAUCUCAAAAACCACACAAGAACUCACACUGGAGAGAAGCCUUUUACUUGUAAAGAAUGUAACAAAAAUUUUAGUCGUAUAUCUCAUCUUAAAACACACAUGAUAACUCACACUGGAGUGAAGGCUUUUUCAUGUAAAGAAUGUGGUGCAAGUUUUAAUCGGGUGUCUAGUCUCAACAGACACAUGAGAACUCAUACAUGAGAGAGGCCUUUUUCUUGUCAAUGUAAUCAAGGAUAGUGUAAACUAAACUUAAGUAAAUUCGCACCAGAUAACUUGUAUAGUUAAUAACAUUUCGGGUUUCCAUUAAAAGUUUGAAGGAUUUUGAAAAGGUAACGUUUUUCUUCCACUAAAGGUGUAUUCACACCAAACGCGAUUCCUGCUACAAAUUUGCAUGCGUGAGAAAUUUGUUGGUCUUUGGCUGUCAAACUAUGUGUUCCUGAGUUUGACGCCGCGUGGGGGAGGAGCUACCAGCCAAUGCACUUAAGAUGAUCUCUAUAAGGAAUGGUGUCUGUGGAUAUUUCACUUAUAAUGUAUGGAAGACAGAAGAUUUUGAGAAAUAAGAUUUAUUUAUUGUGGAGAGUUCCACAAAAAUAUCUAUAAUUGUGCCUCAAAUCGAUCUGCUGGCAGACCUAAAGUCUACUAAAAUAUCUUGUUUUUUAUUGGUUCUGUAAAAUACUGUAGCUUUCUAAGGGACCUUUUUUUAGGUUUUUCCUUUUUAUACUAAAAUGAUCAAAAACAUGUAUUGAUAGGUAUCAAUCUAUGUAUUAUGAUUAUGAUUACUGCUCGAAUUAGCAAAAAUGUUAAACUUUUUCACAGAAUUAUUUUAUAUGUACCUAUAAAUAAAAAAUGUGUGGUCUUGAAUUAUUAGAGGUAAAUUUAGAAUGGCUUAAUUAUGGUUGUAGUCUAUACUGAGAUGAUGUGUAUGUAUUCUGAGUUCUACCAUAAUAACACUAGAAAUAUUUUGUAUAUAAUUUUAAUUCUAAUAGUUUUUAUGUAAUUGGUGAACAUUUCAUUAUUGUUUUUUUAAGUAUUGACUGCAGUUUAAACUUGUUGGGACAUGAUGGCAAGUAUCCAUUUAGUGAGGACGUUUUUCCCCAAAAUAUUUGUAAGAGGUGGAUAAAGACACAGACUGCUGUUUUCGUCAUGUUUUUAUGUGAUUCGUGUUUUGUAGUAGAUAUUAGAACUGUUUAUUGGUUCUUUUUAGUUCUCAGUGUUCUGUUCCAAUCUUUCCUGUGAAGAAUAAAGUGGACGUGAACAUCA